AUGACCCACCCAUUCAUCCUGCUUUGCCAGUCCAAACUCUCCCUGAUCAUGGACAUCCCCACAGCCGACGACUUUCUCGCCAGCAAGGACGUGAUUAGCGACGAUGACCCCGUGAACAACCGAUCAAGGACUGCAACGGUCAAGAGGAUCGGACCGUACGUUAUGAAAUACAACGGACGAACGUGUCUCCAGGAAGCCGACAACCUAGCGUACAUCGCCGCUCACACCAAAAUUCCGGUGCCAAAGUGCUACGCCUCCGGUAUCGUGCCUAACAGCGAGUUAAACGGGAAGUAUCUUAUUAUGGACUUCAUCGAGGGCGACACGCUCUAG